UUUUGCAUAAAGAAAAAUAAAUUUGUCAACAUCAAACUAGAAAACGUUUUCUCUUCUUUCUUUGUUAAAAAUUAAUAAAAUAAAUUUUGUUUUUGAGUUUAAUAAAUAUAUUUAAUCUUUCACAAUGACAACAGCUGCUCGUCCAACCUUUGAUCCAGCUCGUGGUGGCACUGGCCGAGGUGAAAAAGAUUUAAGUGCUCUCAGCAAGCAAUACUCCAGUCGUGAUUUGCCUGGACAUACUAAACUCAAAUACAGAGAACCUGGACAAGGAACAUCCGAUGAACUCCGCAACCGUGACUUCCGCAAGGAACUCGAAGAAAGAGAACGCGAAGCCCGUCCUUCAAAAAAUCUUCCACCAAUUGUCCGCAAGGCUAUCGAAGCCAACAACGCCAGCAGCAAUAAACGUGCUAAAUUAGACAAUGCUGCCCCGGCAAAUCUCGAUGCCGAUGAUCCAGUUGACAAUGACAGUUCCGAUGAAGAUUCUGAUUCUGAAGAUGAUACUGCAACUCUUUUGGCUGAAUUGAAUAAAAUCAAAGAAGAACGUUUGCAAGAAAAUGCCCGCAAAGAACAAGAAAAGAAACAAGAAGACGAACGUAUUCGAAUGGAAAAUAUUUUAUCAGGAAAUCCACUAAUUAAUUAUGCAGCUGGUGGUAAUAAAGCUGCUGGUGAUUUAAAGGUCAAACGACGAUGGGAUGAUGAUGUUGUAUUUAAGAAUUGUGCCCGAACUGAACCAGAAAAGAAAUCACAUUUUAUCAAUGAUUCACUUCGUUCGGAAUUCCAUAAGAAAUUCAUGGAAAAAUAUAUUAAAUAAGUUUUUCAGGAGAUUUCUUUUUUUUUUUGUGGAUUUAAUGAUAAAUGCUAAUAAGUACAAUUUCUUAAUUAAUUAAAUAACUGUGUAAACAAAUAAA